CAGUGUUGUGGUCGCUUGCUUAGAGCGUGGCAAAUUACAAGUUACUGUGCAACGCCACUUCCUAUCAGCGAGGUAUGAGUUUGUUUCCGUAAAGUUUGAGUUUUACAGAGAGUCGGAGGAGCGGAGCAGUGUGCUGAACGGCUCCUCUUCCUCUUUCUUUCCGACGAAGCUGACAGGACACACGGGGCACUGCCAUGUAGCUCGAGGCAGAAGAAUGAGCAGUCAGCACGCUUCAACAGAUGGGACUGAUGACUGCACUGUGCAGCAGGAAAACGAACUAGAAGCCCUCGCUUCCAUCUUUGGAGAUGAUUUCCAGGAUCUGCGAAACCAGGACACUUGGAAGGUUAAAAGGUCUCCAGAGGUGCAUCUUUGCCUGCGACCAAACGGGCUGAAUAAUGGGCAGGAAUGCUACGUGACUGUGGACCUGCUGGUAAAAUGCCCUCCAACAUACCCAGACGUGCCUCCAGAGCUGGAGCUGAAGAAUGCCAAAGGCCUUUCAAACGAAAACCUCCAGAACCUCCAGAGUGAACUAUCCAAGCUGGCGGAGGCGCGAUGUGGGGAGGUAAUGAUUUACGAGCUGGCCGACCAUAUCCAGGGCUUCCUGAGUGAACACAACAAGCCCCCGCCACGCUCCUUCCAUGAGGAGAUGCUGAAGAACCAGAGGAGGCAGGAGGAGAAACGAGCCCUGGAGGAGCAGCAGAGGAUGGACCAGCAGCGCAAACAGGAGGAGGAGACGGAAAAGGAGAUCAUGGCUGAAAUUCAAAGGAGGGAGGAGGAGAAACGAGAAGAAAAGAGAAGAAAGGAAAUGGCCAAACAGGAGCGACUGGAGAGCAUGGAGCAGUCGGCGUCUGCGUUGGGGAGUUUACCCACUUCUGGUGGAAUCACACCUGAACUGAUGGAGGCCAAGAAGGCUGUUUGUAACCGCCGUCGCACUACCUCUAACACACGCCACAGACGUGAUACGGUUAAUGAAGACAGCCCUCGCCCGCAGGAGCUGCUUCACUUCAACAGCAGCAUCUUUGGAGAGCUUCUUGUCCACAAGGGGAAAUGUCUAGGUGCAAGCGAGCGACUCGGCCGCAGUGUUUACUGCGGAUUUGAAGCAAACUCGGGGGAGUUUUCUGUGAUCUACGAGUGGUCGUUGCGCUGGAGCAAAAAGAUGGGCAAGUUCUUCACCAGCCAGGAGAAAGGGAAAAUAGAGAACUGUAUAAAGCAGAUCCACGCUGCGGAGAACGAGUUCAACUCCCUCCUGCGGCUGGAGCAUCCAAACCUGGUGCACUACAUGGCCCUGAGCUCCACAGAGAAGGAGGACUGCCUUGUGGUGGACCUGCUGGUGGAACACGUGGCCGGGAUCAACCUGAACCAAAGCCUGAUGAGCCAGAACCCGGUCCCUCUGGAUAAACUCUGCCAUUACACGGCGCAGCUGCUCUCUGCUCUCAACUACCUUCACUCCAACUCGGUGGUGCACAAGCAGCUGGGGGCCUCCAGCGUGCUGGUGGACUCCGAGGGCAACGUUAGGCUGACUGAUUACAGCUUAUCCAAAAGGUUUGCUGAAAUCUGCAAAGAAGACAUUUUUGAGCACGCCCGCGUGCGUUUCUCUGAGGAUACAGCGAUGCCGACAAAAACAGGGAAGAAGGGGGACGUGUGGAACCUGGGGCUGAUGCUGCUCGCUCUGAGUCAGGGAAAGGAGGUGAAGGAGUAUCCAGUGACGGUGCCAAACAGCCUGCCUGCUGACUUUCAGGACUUUCUCCACAAAUGUGUGUGCCUGAAUGAUGCUGAACGCUGGACUGCUCAGCAGCUCUUGGACCACGCCUUCCUCAAGCCUCCUUCACCUAAAAACCUUCCUCAGGACCAGGAAACCAGCCCAGACGAUCUAGCCGUGGACUUUGCGUCGUCAGUCAUCCCCCGCGGCCCCAUCCUCAAUGCUCCGUUCAGUCCAGGGAUGCAGAGGCAGUUUUCUCGUUAUUUUGACGAGUUUGAGGAAUUGCAGCUUCUGGGGAAAGGAGCCUUUGGUGCUGUGAUAAAGGUUAAAAACAAACUAGACGGUUGCUAUUACGCGGUAAAGCGCAUCCAGGUGAACCCGGCCAGUAAGCAGUUCAGACGAAUCAAAGGCGAGGUGACACUGCUCUCCCGUCUGAACCACGAGAACAUUGUCCGCUAUUACAACGCGUGGAUCGAGCGGCACGAGGUGCCCUCCACGGGGGUCCUGAGCAACACGGACAGCUCGGAGCCUCAGAGCACAGCCGGUAAACGUCUGCAGUGCGGCGACCCACCGCUGCGCCUGAACGAGCUCGGUCUCCCUGACGACGUGGAAGAUGUCGCCCCGCCUCCAGCUCUGUCGAGCUCCGUGGAGUGGUCCACCUCCAUCGAGAGGUCCUCCAGCGCCAAAUGCGUCAGGCACCAGUCGAGUGAGGAAGAUGACGACGACGAUGAUGAGGAUGAAGAAGAUGUGUUUGGAGCUUCUUUUUUGCCGUUUGACAGCGAUUCAAGGAGUGACAUCAUCUUCGAUAAUGGCGAUGACGGUACGGACGAGAUGUCACAGGUUGAGACCAGCAAAAGGCCAGCGAUCGACACAACAGAGAGCUCGGACUCUGAUCAACUUCCCUCUAUAGCACAUUAUUUGUACAUACAGAUGGAAUACUGUGAAAAAAGCACUUUAAGAGACACGAUAGAUCAAAGCUUGUACUUAGACCAGAAUCGGUUAUGGAGACUGUUCAGGGAGAUACUGGAUGGCCUUGCUUACAUCCAUGAGCAGGGCAUGAUUCACAGGGACUUGAAGCCGGUGAACAUCUUCCUGGAUUCGCAGGACCACGUGAAAAUCGGUGACUUCGGUCUGGCCACGGAUCAUCCUGCCAAUGUGGCUGCAGGUAAAAUUGAACUGGAGGAGAGCAGCUCUGCAUUGAUGCCCAAACCAGACCCUGCAGGUAACAUGACAGGCAUGGUUGGCACUGCACUUUAUGUCAGUCCGGAGGUUCAAGGAAACACCAAAGCCACUUAUAAUCAAAAAGUUGACCUGUUUAGUCUGGGCAUCAUACUGUUUGAGAUGUCCUACCGGCCGUUUACCACAGGUGCCGAGCGCAUCUCUGUUCUGAGCCAGCUACGAAUGGAGUCCAUCCUAUUCCCGGAAGAUUUUCUUGCGCAUGAACAAGGAACACAGAAAAAGGUCAUAGAAUGGCUGCUGAAACACGACCCCGCCCUUCGACCCACUGCCCAAGAGUUGCUGAAGAGCGACCUUCUGCCACCGCCUCAGAUGGAGGAGUCGGAGCUGCACGAAGUGCUGCAGCACACCAUGGCUAACAUCAACGGCAAGGCCUACCGCACCAUGGUGGGCCAGUUGUUUGCACAGAACACCUCACCAGUCAUGGAUUACACCUACGACAUAGACCUGUACAAGGGCAGUUUCAACUUCAGCGGUGCCAAAUUGCAACAGCAUGUGUAUGAAACCAUCACCAGAAUCUUCAAAAAGCACGGUGCUGUGCGUCUUCAUACCCCACUGCUCCUCCCCAGAAACAGGAAGUUGUAUGAUGGAAGUGAGCUGGCCUGCUUCAUGGACCACAGCGGAAUGCUGGUCACUCUGCCCUAUGACCUUCGUAUUGCGUUCGCCAGAUUUGUUGCCCGCAAUAAUGUCACGCAACUGAAGAGGUACUGCAUUGAGCGCGUGUUUCGACCCAGAAAGCUGGAUCGUGCCCACCCGAGGGAACUGGUUGAGUGUGCCUUUGAUAUCAUCACGCCCGUCACCAACAGCCUGCUGCCUGACGCUGAGACCAUUUACACCAUCUCUGAAAUAGUCCAAGAGUUCCCCGCGCUUCAGGAAAGGAACUAUAACAUCUACCUGAACCACACCAGCUUGUUGAAGGCCAUCCUGCUUCACAGCGGCGUCCCUGAGGACAAACUCAACCAGGCCUCCAACAUACUCUGUGAUGCCACGAAUGAGAAGCUGACCAGAUGGGAGGUGGAAGCAAAGUUUUGCAACUUUUCAUUGUCAACUACCAGUCUCCAGAUGCUGUACAAGUACAUAGAUAAUGGGAAGGGGACUCUGCAGGAACUGGGCCCGCUGCUGACAUCACUCACCAAACAGAAGACCGCCUUCACCCAGCUGGCCAAGCAAGGCGUCAAAGACCUGGAGGAGCUCACUGUGCUUCUGAGAAGGCUCGGCGUUAAACUCAGGGUGGUGGUCAACUUGGGUUUGGUGUACAAAGUGCAGCACCACUCAGGAGUCAUCUUCCAGUUUGUGGCUUUCAUCAGGAAACGGAAGCGAACUGUCCCUGAUGUAGUGGCUGCUGGAGGACGCUACGAUCACUUGGUGUUGAAAUUUCGAGGGCCAGCGUCCACAGUCCCCGUCCCCAAUGCGGUGGGGGCCAGUGUUGCUCUGGACAAAAUCUGUGCUGCUAUGGCUAGCAUGGAGGAGCCGCCAACAGUGAGCUCCUGCGAUGCGCUGGUGGUCCCAGUAGGACAUUCAUCAAUGUCCAGAGCCAUCAAUGUUGUCCAGAAGCUGUGGAGCACCGGGGUCUCUGCAGACAUUGCCUACGAUGUCUCACAGUCUCAGGAGACGUUGGUGGAGCACUGCAGGCUGGCAGGCAUCACGUGUCUGGCCCUCGUCUCCGACAAAGAGGGAAACUAUGUGAAGGUGAAAUCCUUUGAAAAGGACAGACAGUCUGAGAAGCGAAUUCCAGAGUCAGACUUGGUGGACCACAUCAUCCAGAAAUGUCGGACCAAAUUCUUUGAAGAGAGAAACAUCAGAGAAAUGUCUGAAAGCAUGACCCUCCAAAACCCUAAAGGAUCACAGCUCAAUAGCACAGGUUGCUUGGAGCAGCACGGGAGCAGCGCCGCCACAAAUAUGAACGUGUACGUCAUCAGCCCAGAGAAAGUGUCUGCAAGCACAAGAAGACGCUACGAAACUCAGAUUCAAAGCAGAUUACAGAACCUUAGUAGCAAUUUGCAGAACAAGAGCAAUGACAUUGAAGUCCUCGCUGUGGACCUGCCAAAGGAAACUCUGAUCAACUUCCUGUCUCUAGAGUUUGAAAGUGAAGAACAGUACAGCAGUAGCAUCAAGACUCUGCUGUCUCGCCUCCCCAAGCAGCGUUACCUGAAGUCCAUCUGUGAUGAGAUCUACCACUUUAAAAUUACAAAAAGGGUGGCUGUGGUGGUCCUGUACAGCUACAAAGAUGACUACUACAAGAUCCUUUUGUGAGAAGCAAAGAGGCUCCUUUGGCCAAGAAAGGAUUUCAUUUUGCCAGAGGUUCAGACGUCUCUCGAAGACUGUUUUUAUCCAUGAACCUCCAGAAUCUGCGUGAAGAUUGGACGGAUUUGUACCUCGUUUCAUUUGGAAAAUGUGACCCCCAAAGACACAAGUGACUUUGUUUUAAUACAGUAAAAGACAAUUCAGCUAUCGGAGCCAAACCCUGCCUAUUUCUCAAGACCUUUUGGUGUUUUCUUCUUCAGACAAAAGGUUUGCUGGACUUUACUGCCUUAAUAGAACUGUGCGUUUGAAUAAAGGAAGGGCUAUCUACUGAUGAUUAUGAUAAGAGAGAAGGAAUAAAUCACUUUUUUCCUUACUUGCUUUGUGUAUUUGCGUAGGUACAAAGGAACGAUGUAGUGUAAAUGGGUCAUUUCAUCCUCUGAAUGUUCACAAUAAACAAUCUUGAUAUCAAGCUUUACCCCACGAGCUGUUGUGAUACUUAACGUUUCAUCAAACUUUGAG